AACUGUCUCUCCAAGUCAAAAUCAAAUAAAUCCGGGUUAUCUCUCGUUUAGUCAGAUGCAGCAGCAGCAGAAGUGGGGGAAUAUAUACUUAAAAUCGUUCUCCCCAGGCGAACACACGCCCACACACGUUGACGUCGUCUCCAUUCUACUCCUCACACCUGGCUUUCUUUCUGAAAGGACAACAUAUUCUCUAGCUUGGCUUUUAAGUUUUCUCUCCCUCUUUCUUCGAACCAAAUAUAUAUAUUCCAAACGCUUUCCUUUUCCUUUUUAUCUGAAGAGAAUCUCAAGGCUGCAACUGCAAGUUAUAGGGUUGGGUCCAAUUCUGAUACGAUGAAUUUCGGUUUGAGGAUGGUAUCGGAACCUGAUCAAGCCCCAAUCCAUUCAAUUACCUUGUUUGUGGCACUCCUUUGUGCUUGCAUUCUGAUUGGUCAUCUUCUCGAGAAGCAUCGAUGGAUUAACGAGUCCAUUACUGCCCUUGCCAUAGGUCUCUGUACUGGCACUUUGAUCUUGCUAACUACUCAAGGAAGAAGCUCACACAUUUUGUUGUUUGAUGAACAACUUUUCUUUAUAUAUCUUCUCCCACCCAUCAUUUUCAAUGCUGGUUUUCAGGUGAAAAAGAAGCAGUUUUUCCGAAACUUUAUGACAAUUAUGCUGUUUGGCGCUGUCGGAACUUUAAUUUCCUUUAUCAUCAUAUCACUAGGUACAGCGCAGUUAUUCAAGAAAUUGGAUAUUGGUUUCUUGGACACGGUGGAUUAUCUAGGCUUGGGAGCAAUCUUUUCAGCCACGGAUUCUGUUUGCACCUUGCAGGUGCUCGAUCAAGAAGAGACACCUUUACUGUACAGUCUAGUCUUUGGGGAAGGAGUGGUAAAUGAUGCCACGUCCAUUGUGCUUUUCAAUGCAAUCCUGCGGUUUGACCUCUCACACAUCACCUCGAGCAGUGCCAUACACUUGCUUGGCAAUUUCUUCUAUUUGUUUGGCGCAAGCACGGCGCUAGGGAUAGCAGUUGGAUUAAUAAGUGCUUAUAUCAUAAAGAAGUUGUACUUUGGCAGGCACUCUACUGAUCGUGAAGUUGCUCUGAUGAUUCUUAUGGCGUAUCUUUCAUAUAUUAUGGCUGAAUUGUUCAAUUUAAGUGGUAUUCUCACCGUCUUCUUUUGCGGUAUCUUGAUGUCACACUACACCUGGCAUAAUGUGUCUGAAAGUUCAAGAGUCACUACCAAACAUGCUUUUGCAACAAUGUCGUUUAUCUCAGAAAUUUUCAUCUUCCUAUAUGUUGGUAUGGAUGCCUUGGACAUUGAGAAGUGGAAAAUUGUGAGCAAGAGUCCUGGGAAGUCAAUUGGUGUGAGUUCAAUUCUUCUUGGGCUAGUUCUGGUUGGAAGAGCAGCUUCCAUAUUUCCGCUAUCCUUCAUAUCCAAUUUGACAAAGAAGUCCCAGAGUGAUAAAAUUGGGUUCAAGCAGCAGAUUGUAAUAUGGUGGGCUGGGCUUAUGCGAGGAGCUGUAUCUAUGGCACUUGCUUAUAAUCAGUUCACUAGGUCAGGGCAUACACAACUACAAGAAAAUGCUAUCAUGAUCACCAGCACCAUAACUGUCGUUCUCUUUAGUACUGUGGUAUUUGGAUUAUUGACCAAGCCUCUUAUAAGCUUCUUGUUGCCAAGGAAACACACAAUGUUGCCUUCAGAUUUGACAAAUCUAAAGCUUCUCAAUCUUCCUCUUCUUGCCAAUGGACAAGAUUCAGAAUCUGACAUGAAUGGUGAUCAUAUUCCCCGUCCAGUGAGUCUACGCAUGCUCCUGACCACACCAAGUCAUACUGUCCAUCACUUGUGGCGGAAAUUUGAUGAUUCCUUUAUGCGUCCUGUAUUUGGUGGAAGGGGAUUUACAGCACAUGUCCAUGACUCACCGCCCGAAAGGAUUAUUCAUUGAUGGAAACUACUUACUUGUAGAUGAAGAAGGGUAUAUAAAUCAUAGAUCUUGGAUAUAGAAAUGUAUAAAUUGCGGUUGGUUCAUCUUUAUGUAGAUGAAGAAGAGAAAACAGUUGACUCUUUACUUUGCAGUUUGCACACAAGGCUUUACUUCACAAUGAUGAGUGGGCGUGAUUGUAAAAUAUGCAUGUACGAUAUCAUAAGCGUGUAUAUAAUGAGAGUAGCUAUCAUCCACUGCUCUUUGUAAUCCUUGGAUUUCAAAACAAUUGGAUUCAAUUCCAUAUAUAUGUAUGUUUGCAAGAUUUGCUCUGGAA